UUGUCGACCAAUGGCGGUAGAACUGGCAAGCAUGAGACCUACCUACUGGGCAUUUUAGAGCACAGGAGCUCUGACACAUUGUUAAAUGACAAAAGUUGACAAUCUGACAAGUAUCAAUCCAUUGACAUUUCUCUCACUGUUUCGAGAGAUUUGUCUUAAAAAUAAUAUUUAUUUACUUUAAAUAUUUUUACAAUAGUCCUGGGCUACUGAUUAAACCAAACAGUUAAAGAAUUGUGUGAAUAAGUUUGUUUUUCACUGGUAAUUGAAAAUAACAUCCGGAUACGAUCUACAGUUCAGUAAAAAUGGAUGAUAUUAUACAAAAAAUAGCUUCUACUGCAAUCCAUUUCGAGGAUAAGGAUGCCAGUAAAACCAUGUUUAAAGACCUUUACAAAAAUAGAGAAAAGAGUAAUAACCAAGAAGAGAGACGAAAAAAAAUGCUGGAAGUUCAAAAGUGUAACCGCAAUGCUACCACAGACACAUUUAGGGGCAUAUUAGACAUUGUAAAUAGUGUCGACACAACAGAAGAUUAUUUUGGUUCUACAACACAGACUUACUAUAGACCGAAUAUAUAUGUUGCAGGCUUUGUUAAAGCCCCAUCAUCAUACUAUAAUGUAUUGAUGAUUUCUGAAUGGAUGGUAGAAAAACCCUCUGAUUUUGCUCAGAAUUGGUAUGUUGUACCAUGUCCAAAAGGUAGUAGAGUGUUGAUUGUUGCUAAUAAUGGUAGAACCAAAUUAUAUAAUAAGUAUGGAAGAUUUAGAUUAGAUACUAAAACUCUGCUGCCGGGUGGCCAUCCUAAUAAAGGAUAUCAGAAAACUGAUUGCUGUGUUCUAGAUGGUUUUUAUGAUUCUCUAUCGAAUAGUGUUUACAUUCUUGAUUUACUGGCAUGGAAUAAUCAGGCCAUGACUGAUGGAGAGACUGAUUUUCGACAUUUUUGGCUACAAACUCAAGUUUUUAUAAUACAGGGACUGAACGUACUUAGCAAGGUCAAUAAGUUAAAAUUUUUUUUACUACCCAAGGUACCUUGUUCCCGUGAAGAAUUAAACCAGUUCAUGAUGACAUAUCCAGCAUUUGAAAAUUACAUACCAGCACUAGAUGGUCUAUUAUUCUAUCACAAAAAGACCCAUUACAUCUCAGGACAGACUCCACUGGUUGGAUGGCUGUAUCCAUUCAUGGUAAAAGAAGUACUUGGAUAUGACAUAACCGUUCACGAGUCGUAUAAUUUAGAGCGACCCGAAGAUUAUACAAAUCAAGCAGAUUACAUCGUUCGGUUCGAAGAGAGAAAGACGAGGACCAAACAAAGUAAACUAGAUAGACUGAGGAUCACUCAAAUGCAGAUUGGUGACUACGAAUCGGGCGAAACAUAUUAUUCCAGACUGUACAACAUGGACGUCGGCGACUGUAAUAACGAGGAACCAACUUCACAUGAAUAAAAUAUACUGUGGAUAAAUGUACACUUAGUACCAUACGACCAAAUUGCUAAUCGAAGUAUUCCAUUCUUCUAAAUUCGGAUAAUCAUAUUAAAAAAAGGGAUGAUAAGAGAUAAAAUACUUGCCGGAUGAUAAUAUUGUGAAGACGCUGGAGUUUAUCAGCACCGAAGCAAAUAGCGUGGACCCAGGAACUGAAAUUAAUCCUAUGAAAUCUAUUUACAGUUUAAUUUAAGUAAAUCAAAUAAUUAUUGAUCGAUGUGUAGCAUAACUAUUAAUAAAGGAAUAAGUAGCUCA